GUUUUGCUCGCGCGACUCCCGCCUACCGGGCCGGGGCCGGCCGGGCUCCCUCGGCCGUGACGGGGCCGGGGCGGCUGCGCUGAGGCGCCGCUCGCCGCCUCCCUUCUCCCCGCCCGGGAGGGGACCGAGCACCAUGCUGGAGUCUAUCCGCGUCACGGAAAAACUUCACUGGCCUCAGACAGAGCUUUCUAAGAAGUCAAUUCUGAGUCCAGAGGAACAUAAGCUGAACGUUAAUAAUGAAGACAGCCUCCAGCACCCACCUUCUGGGAUCCUUAAGGACAUUUUCACAACGGGAACCAGUAGCUACAAUGUCCUCCUGCAGAGUAAAGAGGAGAAAAAACACCACACUCAAAAGCAGUCAUCUGCUCACCACAAGAAACACAGAAAAACUACAAAGUGUUCUACCACCUCGCGAAGCAAUGAGCACCGCAAAAUCAAAGUCUCACUACCCUUGCUCAGCAGUGGAUGGUACUGCACGAACAGACAGCCUUCCAUCAUCGUCACUGGCCCAGUGUCUACCAGCAUGAAGUUUACAAGCGGUAUUUCGGUUGCAGGGAGUGGCAUAGGACUACCAUCUCGACCCAGAAGUAGAACUAAGAGGCAUUUUAGUCUAACAAAGCCAAAGCAAUCCCAGUCCUCAAAAAGCCAUGGAAAAGAAGGUGAUGUCUCUGGCCAAAAACUCUGUCUACUGACUGCAAUCAAGCCUUCCAAUGUGGAGAAAGAGAAAAUGAAGUUCUUCAAGUCAGAUUUCACAUACAAUCCUCAAUUUGAAUAUGCAAACCCUGCUCUGCCAAACGUGUUAGCUAAGCAUAGCCAUGCAUCUGACAGAUUUCUUAAGCAGUCCAUUAACAUCAUGGAGCGGACAUUGCAGAAGUAUGGAAGCUAUGAAAAAUUUGAACAGGCCACUGGAGGCAGCUUGCUAACCAAAAGUCGCAUCUGGAAUCACGUCAGGAAAUAUAUGGUGAAGGAAGGCUGUCUUGGUGAGAUUGUGGUCCAUCUCACGGAGGACCUGCUAUCUCGAGCCUCAAUGACAGUGGUGAAUGGCCGCCCCACUCUCACUAUCAAUAUCUCCACUGCGCGAGAGCACUGGCUGGAAGGGAUGCUGAGACAUGAAAUUGGAACUCAUUAUUUUCGGGGUUUUAACAACAACAGUCAGCCUUGGUGCAACUGGAACGGACGCAGAAAACAUGGAUUAAAACCAAUCAACCCUACAGAAGAGGGGCUAGCAAGCAUUCACAGUGUCCUGUUCCGCAAAGACCCUUUUCUCUGGAGAGCUGCCCUGCUCUACUACACAGUAUAUCAGGCUAGCCAGAUGUCCUUCAGUCAGCUUUUCCAGGAUGUGGGGAAAUUUGUCAAGGACCCCAAUACUAGGUGGGAUUACUGCGUACGAGCCAAGAGAGGGUGGACUGACACAUCACAACCAGGCUGUUUUAAUAAGGAUCAGGUGUACUUGGAUGGCAUCCUCCGAAUCCUGAGAUACAGGGAGUCCAUUGAUUUCCAUCUUCUGACAGCCCUUGGAAAGAUCUCGUAUGAGGACGUGGACCGCUUGAAAGGAUUAGCUGUGAUUGAGAACAUGAGGGUACCACACUUUUUGCAAGACCAUGCCCGGUAUAUGGAGCACUUGGAAAAGAUCAUGGAAGUCAACGAGCUGACUGAUGAGGAGCUCCAGGAUCUCAUAAAUUAACAGUAUUAGCCCACCACCAUUCACUCACUCUCUGAGGAUGUAAAGCUUCCCAGACCUUGCAGAAAUGGAUUUAUGAGGGAUGGGGUGGGAGGGAAGGGUGGCCAGAAUAUGUGGAAUACAGAAAAAGUCCCUUUAUGUUCCUUUUACAUUGUGAUUGUACAGUGAUUAUUUUUUAAAGUGUUUGUGCAUUUUUUUUUAAAUUUGGCUUAGGAAUUCCUUUGCAGUGAUCUGUCCAAUCAUCUACUCUGUUUUGUAUGCCAGGCACAGCACUCGACACUGUCUUUCAUAAUAUACCACCUUCUCCCACCCAGGUUUAGAGGUGGAGGAAAGGAGAAAGAGGAGAAUUUCCCCCUUAGUUCACUUGUGUUUGCCCUGUCUUUGAUCACAGCUUUCACGUUUCAGAGUGAGAGAACUGCUGUAGAUGAUGUGACAUCGCUGUCUACAGAACUCUUUCCCAUUUGGUCAAGUCAACUUUUUGAGCAGUACCUCCAUGCUACAGCAAGCUUGAGCUUGCAGAGCUCAUUGAAGACACAAGAUGUGAACGGAGGGGAAAAGGAGACUCACAAGUGCCCUACUCCUGUGUUCCAGCAGAAGUGCUGCGCCUCUCUGAAGCAACUUUACCUCUGUUUUAACUGCCGGUGCUAUAUCCAGAACCAAGAAGAGAAAGUACCUUACUGUAAGGCAUGGCUAGUCAGGUGAUAGCAGGAAGACUUACUACAUAAACUGCAUUUUCUAAUUCUGGAAUUACUGAGGCAAAUUUUGCACCUGUAAGUAUUUUGACAAGAGGGUUUUAUUUUAGUAGAUGGCAUUUUACCAGGGCUCCUCCGAACUCCUGGGAAGCAGGUGUGGUAGGAGAGGCCGGGCAGGAACUAGCGAGAGCCUUGGACAGGGCUUCUGCCACUUCUUCCCCUUUGGCCUUGGCCCACUGGUACCAGGCCUGGCACUGGGUAAGGCGAGCAGAUGGAGCCAAGGUUCCCUCCACACCACAUCUGCAUGGACCUGAGCUCUGGUAUCCCUCCCUCCCUGCUUAUCCCAUUCUUUAAUGAAAUGGAUGGAAAACCUCUCCCACCUUAUUUUACACCCAGGACAUUACCAGCCAUGACAGCAAAGUCUUGAGAACACAUUUUCUGAGAGGUAGGAAAAUCUGUGAGGAACAGCUCUCAGUUGGCUAAGAGGUCUGAAGGUUUUUGAAUAAUCCCAUAAAAGCAGAUGCCUUUUAGAUAGUAUUGCAGGUGCAUUUGCAGCGGCUGGCUGGCUGACUGCUUCAAAAAAGAAAAUGCUUUCAACAAGCAUAAAUUUACUAAAUUUGGUUAUUUUCAAUGCAAGGACCAAGAACUGCUCGCAGCAGCCUUAAUUUUGUGUUGUCAGUAUUGUUCACGAGCUGAAAGCCGUUCAGCCUCUGUAUGCUUUUUCUCUCUUUCCCUCCUUCAGACUGUCUAGUUUGUUCAGUGGUGAAUUUGCCUGCCCAGCUUUGUUUGAGAGUUGUGCCGAGCAGACGCAGUGCUGCAGCAGCCUGACAGGGACUGUCCACAUCACGCGCCCCCGUGCUCCAGGUUUUGGCUCCUUUGCCAGAAGCAGCAGGAAAACCACACACAACUGAGGUCAGGUCAAAGAUUGCAGUCAGAAUCUCCCUUUGGAGUAAAUCGGGCAGAUCGUUUGAGCUAUACCAUGGAAGAAUCUGGCUCAUUUUGCUGACCCAUGGGGAUGCGAAAGGGCCAGUCUUUUAUGAAAGGGACAAUUUUGAACUGAUUCUUUGCUUACAGGAGAGAUCCCUGCCUUCCUCCGCUAACUUCUACAUAAGCAAAGUGCUUUUCCUCCUCCCCCAGUAGUAACAUCUCAUAAUCUAAAUGUAUGUACAUAAUGUGUCCUUAAAACCAGGAAGCUGUGCUGGUAACCCUGCUUUGCCAGAAAACACCGUGCCUGCAGCCCUUCGUCCAACAGCCAGCUGACUUUUUUACCACUCUCUAGCCCUAAAUGCUACUAGAGGCCUUUUCACUUUAUUCAAAGGCCCACAUCACAUUUUCAUCAAAGCAGUAGGUGCUAUUAAACUUGUGGUUUUUGUUAUUCUAGAAAUAGACUUGCCUUGUGCAAGGCUGGAGUCUGGAAGUGGUCAAAGUAAUACUGUAGCAAUAGAUGAAGCUGUCAGCUUCUGUUUUCGACAUCAGUUUUGUCCUUCCUCCUUUGUAAAAGUGUUUCAAAUUUUGAAGUGUAGCUUUUGUAAAUUUUACUGAUUUCCACCCCCACCCCCCGCCCCCCUUGCGAAGAGGCUGGCUACAAUGUCAUGAUGCUGAAGUUCUGUAAUAAAGCGUAUGGACAGCAGUGCACGUGAGCUCACGUCACUACGUUCCACGAUGUCAGUGAUGCAAGGACAGCCUUUCCUGGCAGGCAGGCUCAGUGGCUUCGCUCUGUAUCCAAGUCUCGCUACUUCUGCAUUAUUCCUAGACGGAAACCUGGUCAACAUUGGAGAAGCCUCCCCCGUUUCGCCAGACCAAUUUUACAAGGCAUUUUAUACAACUUUUACAAAUAAAUGAAAGAAUGACAGAGACAAGAGUACCAAA